AUGGAACCGACGAUGGCAGCAGCAGCAUCAGGGGCGUCGGCCCAGUCAAGCAACCGGCGGAGCAUGAGCUGGGGCUCCUCCAUCUCCCACUCGUUCCGGCAGCCGGACACGGACGACCCGUUCAGGCGGGCACAGUCGCGCAGCGACAACGACGAGGAGAACCUCCGGUGGGCGGCGCUCGAGAAGCUGCCCACCUACGACCGCAUGCGGCACGCCAUCGUCCUCAACCAGGACGGCGCAGGCCUGGUGCACAUCGAGCAGCUUGCCCGCGGCGAGGCCGGCCGCGCGCUCCUGGAGCGCGUCUUCCAGGACGACAGCGAGCGCUUCCUCCGGCGACUCAGGGACCGCGCUGACAGGGUGGGCAUCGACCUCCCGGCCAUCGAGGUGCGGUACCAGGACCUCUCCGUUGAGGUCGACGCCUUCGUCGGCAGCCGGGCGCUCCCCACGCUCUGGAACGAAGCCACUAACUUACUACAGGGUCUUAUUGGACGAUUUGGCUCCUCAAACAAGAGGACCACUACCGUACUCAAACACGCCUAUGGCAUCCUCAAACCAUCCAGGAUGACUCUUCUUCUUGGACCUCCUUCUUCAGGGAAGAGCACGCUUAUGCGAGCCCUUACAGGGAAGCUUGAAAAAAGCCUCAAGGUAUCUGGCAGCAUCACAUAUUGUUGUCAUACUUUUUCCGAGUUCUACCCUGAGAGGACCAGUGCGUAUGUCAGUCAGUAUGAUCUCCACAAUGCGGAGAUGACUGUAAGAGAGACAUUAGAUUUCUCCAGGCGAUGCUUGGGUAUCGGUGCCAGAUAUGACAUGCUUGCGGAGCUCACUGCAAGGGAGCGCGAGGCAGGCAUAAAUCCAGAUCCCGAGAUCGACGCUUACAUGAAAGCUACUGCAGUGCAAGGACAUGAGACUAAUAUUAUAACCGAUCUUACUCUCAAGGUGCUUGGGCUUGACAUUUGCGCCGAUAACAUCGUUGGUGAUGAGAUGACCAGAGGAAUUUCUGGAGGGCAAAAGAAGCGUGUCACAACUGGGGAGAUGUUAACAGGACCUGCAAGGGCUUUGUUCAUGGAUGAAAUUUCCACUGGUUUGGAUAGCUCUAGCACGUUUCAGAUUGUAAAAUAUGUAAGGCACUUGGUCCAUGUGAUGAAUGACACUGUGAUGAUCUCCCUUCUACAACCACCGCCAGAGACCUACAACUUGUUUGAUGACAUAAUUCUGCUAUCAGAAGGAUACAUAGUGUACCAUGGGCCAGGUGAGAACAUCUUGGAAUUUUUUGAAUCCGCUGGUUUCCGGUGCCCGGAGAGGAAAGGAGUUGCUGACUUCCUUCAAGAGGUCACUUCCAAGAAAGACCAGCAACAAUACUGGUAUCUUGACCAGGAGCAGUAUCAUUACGUGCCAGUCCUAGAGUUUGCUGAACAUUACAAGUCAUUCCAUGUGGGUCAACAGAUGCUGGAGGAACUGAAGAUUCCUUUUGAAAAAUCCAAAACCCAUCCUGCCGCAUUGACCACGUCGAAGUAUGGGCAAUCCAGCUGGGAGUCAUUCAAGGCAGUGAUGUCGAGAGAACAACUAUUGAUGAAGCGCAACUCCUUCAUCUACAUCUUCAAGGUCAGCCAGUUGAUCAUCCUUGGGCUCAUGGCCAUGACUGUAUUCCUCAGAACAGAGAUGCCCCAUGGACAGAUUUCCGACGGUGCUAAAUUCUUUGGAGCUCUGACAUUCAGUUUAAUCACCAUUUUGUUUAAUGGGUUUGCUGAGCUACAACUAACCAUUAAAAUCCUUCCUACGUUCUACAAACAAAGGGAUUUCUUGUUCUUCCCCCCAUGGACCUUUGGACUGGCAAACAUCAUCUUAAAAGUUCCUGUUUCAUUUGUGGAGGCUGGGGUAUGGGUUGUCCUCACGUACUAUGUGAUGGGCUUUGCACCUUCUGCAGGAAGGUUCUUUCGCCAGCUUUUAGCUUUCUUCGUUACUCACCAAAUGGCAAUGGCUUUGUUCCGAUUUCUUGGUGCUAUUUUGAAAUCAAUGGUUGUUGCCAACACUUUUGGGAUGUUUGUUCAACUUAUUAUUUUCAUAGUUGGAGGAUUUAUCAUCCCUAGAGGUGACAUCAGACCAUGGUGGAUCUGGGCUUACUGGGCAUCUCCUAUGAUGUAUAGUCAGAAUGCAAUAUCGGUCAAUGAAUUCCUUGCCAGUAGGUGGGCCACUCCAAACAAUGAUCCUACUAUUGAUGCACCAACGGUAGGAAAGGCUAUUCUUAAAUCCAGAGGAUUGUUUACUGGAGACUGGGGCUUUUGGCUUUCCACAGGAGCCGUUAUAGGAUUCACUAUUUUGUUCAACAUCUUAUACCUUCUGUCCCUAACAUACUUGAACCCUAGUAGUAGAUCAAACACACUAGUUUCAGAUGUGGAGAAUGAGAAUGACACAAACAAAGAGCAAACGGCGGAAGCCAGUGUGUCAUCUAUUAUGCCAUCUUCAAUACCUAUGGGUGCUAAGGAAGCCACAAAUAGGCCAGCUCAGUCACGAACUACCUUGCCCUUCCAGCCUCUUUCACUUUCCUUCAACCAUAUAAACUAUUGGGUCGACAUGCCUGCAGAAAUGAAGGAACAAGGAUUCACAGAAAGUCGUCUCCAGUUGCUCUCUGAUAUCAGUGGUGCAUUUAGGCCAGGAGUUCUGACUGCACUAGUUGGUGUGAGUGGAGCUGGGAAGACCACUCUAAUGGAUGUCCUGGCAGGAAGGAAAACCAGUGGAGCUAUUGAAGGAAGUAUCACCCUUUCUGGUUACCCUAAAAAACAAGAAACUUUUGUCCGUGUUAGUGGCUAUUGUGAACAGAUUGAUAUCCAUUCACCAAAUGUUACAGUAUAUGAAUCCAUUCUCUACUCUGCCUGGCUGCGUCUUUCCUCAGAUGUUGAUGAUGCUACGAGAAAGAUGUUUGUGGAGGAAGUCAUGACCCUUGUAGAACUUGAUGUGCUGCGCAAUGCUAUGGUUGGUCUCCCUGGAGUUGACGGGUUAUCGACUGAACAAAGAAAGAGACUGACAAUUGCCGUGGAGCUGGUAGCAAAUCCUUCAAUUAUAUUUAUGGAUGAGCCAACUUCUGGUCUUGAUGCUAGAGCCGCAGCAAUUGUCAUGCGGACACUUCUGCUUUUGAAAAGAGGAGGGCGGGUUAUUUAUGCUGGUGAACUUGGUCGUCACUGUGAUAAACUAGUUGAAUAUUUCGAGGAAAUUCCAGGUGUGGCUAAGAUCACAAAAGGAUAUAAUCCUGCAACAUGGAUGCUGGAAGUUAGCUCCACUUUAGCUGAGGCUCACUUGAACAUAGAUUUUGCGGAAAUUUAUGCUAAUUCCGUUCUUCAUAGGAAAAACCAAGACCUUAUUAAGGAAUUGAGCGUUCCCCCUCCAGGCUAUCAGGAUCUCUCAUUUCCUACAAAGUAUUCUCAAAAUUUCUACAAUCAAUGUGUUGCAAACUUCUGGAAGCAAUACAAAUCUUAUUGGAAGAAUCCACCCUACAAUGCCAUGCGCUAUCUUAUGACGUUGCUCGAUGGUCUUGUAUUUGGCACUGUGUUUUGGCAAAAAGGAACAAAAAUAGAAUCGCAACAAGACUUGUACAAUCUACUUGGGGCCACUUAUGCUGCUGUCUUCUUCCUUGGGGCUACCAAUUGCUUCACCGUUCAGCCUGUUGUGUCAAUCGAGAGAACAGUUUUCUAUCGUGAAAAGGCGGCAGGGAUGUACUCUCCAUUAUCCUAUGCAUUAGCUCAGGCAUGCAUGGAGGUCAUCUACAACAUCCUCCAAGGGAUUUUAUACACAAUCCUCAUCUAUGUGAUGAUUGGAUAUGACUGGAAAGUUGACAAGUUCUUCUAUUUCAUGUUCUUCAUUAUUGCAAGCUUCAACUACUUCACAUUGUUUGGCAUGAUGUUGGUGUCAUUGACUCCGUCUGCGAUGCUUGCAAGCAUACUCGUAUCCUUUGUACUCCCUCUCUGGAACCUGUUUGCUGGGUUCCUCGUUGUCAGAACGGCGAUACCGAUUUGGUGGAGGUGGUACUACUGGGCCAACCCAGUGUCUUGGACCAUCUAUGGUGUUGUUGCAUCGCAGUUUGGUGACCAUGGCGGUUCUCUGCUAGUCCCCGGUGGGAGCCCUGUGGUGGUGAAGCAAUUCUUGGAGGAUAAUUUGGGCGUGCGGCAUGAUUUCCUUGGCUAUGUUGUCCUAGCCCACUUUGCCUAUAUCAUUGUCAUCUUCUUCGUCUUUGGCUAUUCCAUCAAGUUCUUAAACUUCUAA